AUGCCACCGACGCCCUCCCCUCUGGCCAUCCGCGCCCUCCAAACUCUUGCCCUCCCAAUCCAUCCUCAACGACCCAGCAUCACCUCUGUGCGGCCUAUCCUCCGCCUACCCCAUCCCGCCCCCGCCUCGCGCUCCUUCUCAACUACAACUCCGCACCUGACCACGCUCAACCAGGUCCGCCGCAAAGGCCGCGAGGUGAAGAGGGAGCGCCGCUCCCUUUCGCCCGCCCUGGUCGGCCGACCAGAGAUGAAAGGCGUGUGUCUGAAAGUCGGGAUCACGAAGCCGAAGAAGCCGAAUUCGGGACAGAGGAAGACGGCCAAGGUGAGGUUGAGUAGUGGGAAGGUCAUUAGUGCUUAUAUUCCCGGGGAAGGGAGGUGUGGCGAACAGGAUCCGAAGUAG